AUGUCGACGCUCGAUAGCCAAGCGAGCGGCGCAUUCACUGAGCCAGAGGAUGGCUUUGCUGACGAUGAUCUUCUCUCCCCAGACGACAUCAGCGUUGAUCUAACGGGGAUUCCACCAUCACGUUCGUUUUUGGAAAGGUCGGACUACGAGUCAGAACUUGGCGUAGUCGACCCAUUCGAAGAGGAUUUCACUAGCAUUGCAACCCAUGAAAUCGUCGAAGUUAUCGCCGAUGGCGAUCGCGUUGGGAGGCCGAUAAUUGUUAUUUAUGCAUACCGCCUUCCACCGAGCAAAUCCAUAGAUCAUGCGCAGCUGCUUCGAUAUUUGCAAUCGGUGCUUGAUAAGGUGGUCGAUUUAGAUUACACGAUCGUUUACUUUCACUAUGGCCUUAGAAGUCACAAUAAACCACCUAUCAAAUGGUUAUUUCAAGCUUAUAAAGUACUGGACCGAAGGUACAAAAAGAAUCUAAAGGCUUUAUACGUUGUUCACCCCACACGGUUUAUUCGCAUCAUUUGGGGAUUAUUCAAGCCUUUCAUUUCUUCUAAGUUCGAAGACAAGUUCCACUAUGUGAACUGUAUCAAAGAUUUGGAGGACGCUCUUUCUGUAUCCCGACUGAAUUUGCCUCAUCCGAUUCGUACUCAUGACGAGCAGGUGUGUGUCGCUGUUGGAGCAUCCGCAGGUGAUUACCGAUCUCAAACUCCGCCUACACCUCCGAGACCAACUCAACAGUUCGACGUUAGCCUAGAUUUUAUUCUUGCGCAUAAUCCCGAUCACGAUGUACCACCUAUUGUGACAGAAUUGAUUGACUUCCUCACCAAGUACGCAUUGGACGUGGAGGGUAUCUUCAGAAAAAGUGCCAACGUUGGUAGCAUCCGCAGAUUGCAACAACGUAUAAAUAAAGGAGAGCGUGUCGACUUCGAAAAUGACCCUGAAUACCACGACAAUCUGUCCAUCGCGUGUAUUCACGCUUCGGUGUUACUAAAGACGUUUCUGCGUUCAUUAGGAGAGCCAGUUACGACGAACGCCCUCUACCCUCGUCUCGCUACACUGGCUGAAGUACCCAAAACAGAGAAAACGCCGGCUGUCAAGGAAUUCGUCGCACUACUUCCUCAACCCAAUUAUUUGCUGCUUAAGACAGUCGUGAAGUUUUUGACAUUGGUUGCUGCGAACCAUAAAGUCAAUUUGAUGACUGCGAAUAAUCUCAGUGUUGUGUUCGGACCAAAUCUCACGUGGCCCACUGAUCAACAGGUGCCCAUAACUCAGCUGAAUAACUUGAAUAACUUCUGCUACCGGCUUAUAGUGGACUACGAAAAAAUUUUCAAAUAA